AUGGCCGCGACCAAUUUUGCAAACCCCAAAUCCCUGGAUGUAUUAACAUCCACGGUGAACCAGACGGUACUCAUCGAUACGGCCCGGUUCUUCAACUCGCAUGAGAAGAUGCAGUACAGGGCACAGCUCAAACGCUCAAUCCCCGUCGCUCACGAGCAGUUCCAGACCGCUUUGGACAGCCUAUCGGAGCAGAUAUAUAUUGCCAAGGCGUUCUUGGAGCGAGACUAUGAGGCAAUCAAAGCGCGAAAAGCUGCACUCCAUUCUGCCCAGGACUCCGUGAUGGAGGAUGCGGCCGUGAAGCCAGAGCCAGAAACGGCUCCCCAGCCUCAGGAAACCCCCGCCGUAGCCACGAAUGCAGACACAAUAAAAGCCGAACCCGCAGAAGUUGAGCCUGCAUUGAAGCCGCAGAUUGAGCAGGAUGUCGUAAAACAAGGCUCGGCUGAUCAACCGGUCAAGGAAGACCAAACCGACAACAGAGCUACUGUCCCUGCCGUCUCCGGACAACCUUUCACCGGCCCGGACGAACUCAACUUCGACUCAAUGCUCAACAACAAUCCCGGGCCCAACGAUUUCGACCUGAAUCUUGACUUUGGCGAUGACGCAGUUGGCAAUGAUGAUUUUCUCGCCGGCUCCCACCUGGUUCCUGCCGGUUCGGGCAAUGAAGGCAACGAUACGUCUAGCAACACCGCGGCUGGCUUAGUGGGCACUGAUAGCUUGAACACUGCUGUGCCUACGGGUGGAGAUGCGUUUGACUUGGAACUGCAGAAAGCUGAGGCGUUCUCUACCCAGGUUGGCAGUCUGACGGGACAACAGUUGGACGGCCAAGGUGGGGGAACCCUCGAAGAUGUUAUGGGACCGGGAGAGUCCAGCUUCGAUGAUUUAUUCAUGGAGAAUGAUACCUUCGGAGGAGACGGUACCGGGGACCCGAAUUUACUGGAGGGUGAUGGUUUAGUGGAUAUCAACGAACUUGACGAUAGCUGGUUUACAUGA